AACAACCCAAAAAACAAACUACAACAAACUAACAAACAAAUAAUCAAUCUGUUAGUUGCUUCAGUUUCCAGAAACUCACAUCUUGUUUCAUAUUUCUACUUUUAAACUUUUGUAUAAGGUAUAAGAAAACAAAUUCUGAUCAAAUUUAGAGUUUUUUGGGGUGGGGGGUUGUUGGGUUGGGUUGUUCAGAGAAAUGACCCUUAAAGGUGGCAGCAACCAAGCUUGCGCCGCGUGCAAAUACCAACGGAGGAAGUGCGCACCGGACUGCAUACUCGCCCCUUACUUCCCUCCUGAUCAACAUAAAAUGUUCUUGAAUGUCCAUAAACUUUUUGGGGUUAAAAAGAUCCAAAAACUACUACAAAUCCUACACCCAACCCAACAAAAUGAAGCAAUGAGUUCCAUCAUUUACCAAGCCAAUGUUCGUGAUCGUUUCCCGGUGUUUGGAUGUGUUGAGGUAAUUCAACUCUUAAAAAAUCAAAUUCAUCAAUGUGAGCAAGAACUUUUAUCUGUUCAUUCCAUACUUAACCUGUACCGGAACCAACACGAACAACAACAGCCAGUUUCAUCUAAUGGUGUUCCAUUUACUGAUUUUAACGCGGCUUCACAGUUACAGUUGGGAAUGGCACCCCCAAUUAACAAUGAUUUGUCCUGUUACCCCCUUAAUACUUUGGUUCAUGAACAACAGUACAAUUCAGAUAAUAUGGUACCUGUUUCGCAGAAUCACUCGUAUUCUAGCAGUAGCAGUCCAUAUAACUCUGGUUAUUUUGAUGUUAAAGAAACUGUGUUGAACUCGAUGUGGAUCCAACAACAAGGAGGUGAUGAUAAUAACAAUAGCAGCGACAAUGAUAAUGGGAAUAUGAUGCCUAUACAAUCACAGUUGGUGGUGACAUCAGAAUCAACGGCGAAUCAGCAGGAUGCAUUUCAGGAUUACAAUGACAUGCACCCGUACUUUGAUACCGUAGAUGAUCGACAAUCAUACAUUGAUUCUAAAGAAACAUAUGAUUCAAGCCCUGAAUCAUCAGCGAAAGAUAUAACACAAUUUACAGUCACAGAGCAUGUCGGCGAGAAUGAAUUGAAGACUGCUGCUGCAUACUUCAGUCUUACCAGUGUCAACUAAUGACAUUGAUAGGCAUUUAGGCAAUUUUGGUCAGGAAUGUUUUUUCUAGUCCUUAACUUCUCUAUACUGGUAAAUUUUUUCAUUUCUUUGUUCAUUUGACACAUGAAUAAUAUGUUAUCCACGAUAUUACUGUAUUUAUUCCUUCAACAAUAACAUAAAUGAAAUGAAAGGCAUUUUAUACUGUA